AUGCCCAAAGCAACCUCGGACAAGUUUUCUCGGGCACACCAGCCGGCAGUCAAAAAGAAAGACGCCCAGAGCUCGAGUUCAAUGACCAACCCCAUCUUCAAUACAGCCAGGUUUGGUCAACACAUUCUAAAAAAUCCAGCGACUGCUCAAAAGAUUGUUGAUGCUGCAAACCUCAAACCAACCGACAAAGUGAUGGAAGUAGGUCCGGGUACUGGCAAUUUGACGGUCAAGAUUUUGGAAAAGGCAAAGCACGUUACAGCCAUCGAGAUGGAUCCUCGAAUGGCAGCCGAGGUGAUCAAACGUGUGCAGGGAACUCCCGAGCAGCGGAAGUUAGAGGUCGUUAUUGGCGACUUUGUCAAGGUUGACAUGCCCUACUUUGAAGUCUGUAUAUCGAAUACGCCGUACCAAAUCUCAUCGCCGCUUGUGUUUCGUCUGCUCUCGCACCGGCCUCUGUUCCGCGUCGCGAUCCUCAUGUUUCAACGUGAGUUCGCCCAGCGACUCGUUGCACGCCCGGGAACCGACAUGUGGUCCAGAUUGUCUGCCAACGUCCAGCUGUACGCCAAAGUCGACAAUAUCAUCAACGUUGCGCGGAAUGACUUCCGUCCACCACCGAAGGUCGAGUCGUCCGUUGUACGUCUUGUUCCUAUCGACCCACCACCGCCCGUCAAAUUUGAAGAGUUUGACGGCAUGAAUCGCAUUAUAUUUUCCCGGCCCAACAAAACUGUCAGAGGCAAUUUUCAGGCCAAGGGUGUGAUGAAGAUGCUAGAGCAGAAUAGAUCGACGUGGCUGUCGCUUCAGGAGAUGCCAGUCGACGAUGAUAGGCCGAUAAACACGAUUGUGGAUGACGUCCUCGCCGAAUUGGGAUAUACAGAAAAUCGUGCAGCCAAAAUGGAUAUAGAUGACCUCCUAAAAAUGUUGGCUGCCUUCCACGAGGCUGGAAUCCAUUUCUCAUAG